UCGGCAACCAUAUUACAUCCCAUUUUCGUGAACCGAGGAAACAGGCGCGACUGGCCAAACUUUUCUUCCUGCCUUUGGACUGUAAAUAAAGAGCGUAGAAAAAGACUAAAUCGAGAACAUUAAGUUAUGGCUUUCACUAUACUGAGGCCAAUGUCCGCUCAUCCUUUCUCGUUUUCCGUGGACCUGAGCCUGACGUCGGACGAGGACGAAGGGAACCGCAGCGAGAGCGAAGGCAGCGUUUACGGCUUCUGCGGCGGCGACGGGGUGGUGGUACAGCAGCGGAACGCCGCCAACGCCAGAGAGAGGCACCGGACACAGAACGUCAACACGGCUUUCAGCGCGUUAAGGACGCUCAUUCCCACGGAACCCGUGGACCGAAAACUGUCCAAAAUCGAAACGCUGCGUCUGGCGUCUAGCUAUAUAUCGCACCUGACCAAUGUGCUGGUGGUGGACGAUGAGAGGGAGGACGGCACACCCUGCCUGAGCGCCGUGUAUAAGGAGGCGAGGGGCAGCGGAGACUCCAGGCAGCCCCGGAACAUAUGCACGUUCUGUCUCAGCAAACAGCGAAAAGGGGCGAAAGACAGACGAGAUUGUAUGAAAAUGCAUGGAGGGGCAGCGAGAAAAAUACAUUCUCGAUAAAACUCUUGGAACUGAAACAUCUGAACAAAGACUUCUUACAUGCCAUGUUCAAUUUGUGCUUUUGAAGCGCCCCACUUUUUUUUCCCGUGAGGAGAUAGAACAAAAGAGAACAUAGGAUAAUUGUUUCUACCAGUGGAUUAACGUUAAGGGCACACAAAUUAAGCAUAAAGGAUCAAUAUUUUUUGAUGGUCAGAAAUUUCAUGAAAGUUGUCCGUUCAAUGAAUACAGGAAGGACCAUGCAUUGCUUAUGUGCACUAAACUACUAAAGAAUGGUGAAAAUAGCACUACUCACUGAAAAAUGUAUUGCAAAAGACCAAGUAAUAGUUUCUGCAACAGUCCUAACAAACUGUUGCUUCUGUACACAAACGGAUAGGAGCAAAUUUCCAAUAUACUGUAUGAUUUGUGCUUUGUUGUUGAUAACUGGCAAUGUGGUUAAUCAUCUUGCAGAUGACUAUGAUCACUAUGAUCAC